UGUUCUCGUCUGUGGGUUUUAGCCAAGGCUGCAGCGCCCGGCGCCCGAGCGAGCGAGCGCAGCAGCGGCUUCUUCCGGCGCCCGCACCCGGGCGAUGCGAUUUCCCGAGCCCCUCGGGCGCAGCCUGGGUUCUCGCUCUCCAGCACUGGCCGAGCCCGCGAGGCCCCCGAGCCGCGGUGUCUAGAGGAGGAGGCAGGGAGGAGACCCAACCUCCCUCCCCCACCCUCGCCCCAUACUCCUCGGCGACCACCGCGCGGGGAGCCUGAUCGUGGAACACUGAGACCAGGACGGGAUUCUCUGCACGCUGCCGAGUGAGACGGCAUCUCAACCCCUGGUUGGGCUGCGAAGAAAAUGGUGCAAUCAGAGAUACGCUGACCCCAGUUGGGCAAAGCAGACGGGGUACUAGAGUGCCGAGGCUCAGGUGGCAGAAGAAGCGGGCGGACUGUUUUGAAGGGCCGGGGCCACUGUUUUCCUCGGUGCCAGCAGCACCCGGGCAGCACCUUCCCAGGGCUACCCAGGAGCCAGAUGAAGUGAGGCGGAGGCGUCGCGGGAGAAACGGGUCUUCAGGUGCCUGGGUGGACACUCCAGGAAGAAGACAGCUCUGGGGAGGGCAGCAUGACGCCCCCGGGGCAGGUUGCUGGGAGGGCAGGGCGCCGUGAUCGCGCGACCUGUCCAUGGUGUUGAAGGCGCCGCGCGCCGAGUUCCGCGCGCCCAGCGCUGUGCGCCCUGCGGGGUGCGCCCUCCACGGCGCAGCCUGCCCCUCGCGCCCGCCAGCUGCCGCCCAAUCUCCGCAAGACCCCGGCCAAGGUUCGUCCCGUUAGGCGUCCGGGUGACCGCACCGUCGGCCCUAGAGGCCGCCUGAAUGGCGAAGCCAGAGGCAGACGAUCCGGGAGCUCUCGGGGAAAGGUCGGCAGAGACCGUGGGCCCACUGGGAGCCAGUCUCUGAGAGCAGCGCGCUGGCCAGACGGAGCAAGGGACCUGCAGGUGAGCAAAGGACGGAUAUUUUUUAAAGACCCGACUCGAGGAGGAAGAACGUUGCUUCUCUUGCAGACCAGAAGUGAGAGAGCCGCUGAGAGGGAGACCCAGGCGAGACUCGGGCAGCGGCCCUGGCAUCUGGAGGUUUCCUUCUCUGGCUGGCCGUAUCGCGGGUGUUUCAGUUCAUCCUGUUGUCGAGCAGCUCCUCCUGAUAACCAAUCUCUCCCCACCUCCAAAAAAAAAAAGAAAAAAAAAGAAAAAAAAGAAAAAAAGCCAGGCUAGUGGGUCCCGUCGCCCCCCUGUACAAAGAGAGCCCAGGAGCCCCACCGCAGGCAAGGGCACUUGGUGUUUAGUUUCCGGCCAGAGGGCAGCAACGCCCGAAGCCCGGCUGCGUGAGAACGGGGCCGGUUCGGAGGACUCGCUUCCUGCCCGGCAGGGAGGAGGCGGGAGGCGGCCUUGCCCUGCUCAGCGCCGCUUGAGGCUGCACCUGCCCCGGAGGAUGCCCAGGGGCUCGCCGGAGCCUCUCGGGUUCAGAACUUUUUAGGCUGCCCGCCCCCAUCCCCGCAGUCCCUGGGCUGCGCGCCUGCAGGAGGGGGCUGAGGGGGCGCCACCGCGCCAGUCUCCCUCCUGUUCCCCCCUCCCCUCCUUGGCUCGGCCGCCCGCCGCUUUGUUACGGGCGCGCGGAGGGAAGGCGAGGCUGCGGCGGAUCAUGCCCAUGGUGUAGCCGCGAAGUGGAGGCAUGGCUGCCGGAAGGUUACUGCUCUACACGGGCCUCUCGCUAGCGCUCUGCGCCCUCGGCAUGCUGGCCGUGGCCAUCUGCUCAGACCACUGGUACGAGACGGACGCCAGGAAGCACAGGGACAGGUGCAAGGCCUUUAACACCCGCCGGGUCGACCCUGGCUUCAUUUACAACAACAACAACAACUUGCCGCUUCGGGCCAGCCGUUCGCGCCUGGACCGCUGGGAGGGUAAACUCCUCCGGGCCCGGAAUCGCCGGCAGCUCUUCGCCAUGAGCCCCGCAGACGAGUGCAGCCGGCAGUACAACUCCACCAACAUGGGCCUCUGGAGGAAGUGCCACCGGCAGGGCUUCGACCCAGAGAUCGAGGCCCUGAUUCGGAAAGGGGAGAUUGAGCGGUGCACGUACAUCAAAUACCACUACUCCUCAGCCACCAUCCCCCGGAACCUCACUUUCAACAUCACCAAGACCAUCCGCCAGGAUGAGUGGCACGCCCUGCACCUGCGCAGGAUGACGGCCGGCUUCAUGGGCAUGGCGGUGGCCAUCAUCCUCUUCGGCUGGAUCAUCGGCGUGCUGGGCUGCUGCUGGGACCGAGGCCUUAUGCAGUAUGUGGCAGGGCUUCUCUUCCUCAUGGGAGGAACCUUCUGCAUCAUUUCACUGUGCACCUGUGUGGCUGGGAUCAACUUUGAGCUGUCACGCUACCCACGCUACCUGUACGGACUCCCCGACGACAUCAGCCACGGCUACGGCUGGUCCAUGUUCUGUGCGUGGGGGGGCCUGGGCCUCACGCUAAUCUCGGGAUUCUUCUGUACCUUGGCCCCUUCUGUCCAACCUGUCCCGAGGACCAACUGCCCAAAAUCCAGACCCGAGAAUGGGACAGUGUGCUAAAAAAACAAACUCAUACACACACACACAUAUAUAUAUAUAAAUAUAUAUAUAUAUAUAAUAUACAUAUAUACAACAAAACUAAAUCAACAUGAUGCCAGUGCCAAGGUCGAGUUGAGUUGGCUCAGGCACCCGCAUCUCGUCUGGACUUUGUGUCGCCUCAUCACCGAGAUGGGGAAGGCGUGCCCAUCCUGUGGCUCUUCCAUCAAUUCUUAACUUUUGGCUUCCUGGUUUCUGGAAGACAGAGUGAACAUCCCCAUUCGAGGUCGUGUCCUGAUUCCCGUCACUCACAAGGAUGGGGUGGUGGGCUGGGAAGGGACGGUGCCUGGGGUCCAAAGCGGCACAGGUGUCGAGAAGGAAGUACCAUCCACUGGGCCAACAGGAGGGGACACCACCCCAUCACCGAUCAUCUCAACGAGAAACCCCGCCCUUAGUUCAUAGAGUGAAACCAGAUCUUUGAGGCCAUUCACAGAACCACUUCUCCUGCUCGUCCUGUUCUGAUUUCCUUCCAGCCCGACCAGUGACACACAAGGAGUGGAAGAGAAAACACACCCAGAAGGACGUUUCCUCUUCGCUACCAAACUUUCGGACCAAGUUUCAGAGGUGGGAAGGGGGAGAACACAACGUGCUGAGAGGCAAGACCUGCAUCACUAACAGGACGCUUCAGUGGAUGCUCAGAAAACCCAGUCUUACCUUCCAGCUGCCUUACACCCAGUUAAACAAGAGGCUGCCCUGCCCCAAACCCCACUCCCCAGGCAGAUCAGAGCCUUGGAGUCAUGCUGUGAUGUGUGUGUGUGUGAUGUGUAUGUGUGCGUGUGUGUGUGUGACUACUUUGAGUGGUUUCCUUUUUUCUUUUCACCUUUUAAAAUGGAAAUAUUACAUUAUGACUGUUGUCUAUUAUUUGUGGUGGUUCCACGGCCCAGGACGGAGGCCCCGAGACCUAGGAUGCACCAUAAGGGGCAGGCCUCCAUGGGUGCUGGCUCUGCAGCUUCAAUCCCUGGAGUGUGAGUGUGUGUAUGUGUGUGGUGGGUGUUUUCUGAGUGGGGUUUUAUCAUUUGUGUUGCAUUUUUCUGUUAUUUUUAGUGCAGCUGAAAUUCCCAGAGGGCAGAACCAAGAACAAAACCACUGGGCAGGCGACCCUGUGGUUCUUCACAUCACAGCUCUGGGACACCACGGGAUUUAGUCCUCUAAUUUUGGAAGUUGAA